AUGUACUCAGCACCAGACCUCCAUCCCACAACCAAACAGCCUCCAGUCUUCCUAGGCCACUCCAUUACUGGUCUUCUUCGGAGGCUAGUACUUCGCCGAUCACGACCAAAAGAGCCUAUUUUCUAUUUUCAGGCCAAUAAGGAAUGGGAUCAGGCAAAGGUGGCAUAUAGGACGAACGAUAUUCCGAGGAGAGGACUAGAGGAAGUCGAACCCGAAGAUCUGAAAUACUCAGGCUGA